GGCGGCGGCGGCGGCGCUGCGCUCCGGGAAGGCGCGUCACUGGGGCGGGGGCCGCCCAACAGCCAGCCGCCGGCCCCCGGGUAGUCGGGGACCCAGCCCGCGCCCGCUCGGGAUGGACGAUCUGGAUGCUCUCCUGGCUGAUCUGGAGACGACAACCUCCCAUAUCUCCAAACGUCCCGUUCUGCUCACGGACUCCGGAGGAACCCACCCUAACGGGCUGAACCAAGACAGGACCCCGGACCCCAAGCCUUCACCUCCACCUUACAACCCUCAGCAGCAGACUGGGACUGUAACCAUGCCGGUAGAUCCACUCCCGGCCUCUACCCUGCAGGGUGGAAGUGACAAGGAGCACCUCUAUAGCACCGUCUGCAAGCCCCGCUCACCCAAGCCCAAGGAAGGCGCUCUGCCACCCUUCUCCUCCUCCAGUGGGGUGCUGGGAGCUGGACUCUGUGAACUGGACCGGCUCCUGCAGGAACUCAAUGCAACCCAGUUCAACAUCACAGAUGAAAUAAUGUCCCAGUUCCCAUCCAGCAAAAGUCCUAGUGGGGACAAAAGCAAAGAGAGGCCAGAGGACUCUGCAGAUGGUGGCUCUCUAACCCGGUCGGCAGCAGCCCUACCUGCCAAGCCAUCGGCAACAUCUGCCACUCUGGAGCUGGACAAGCUCAUGGCCUCUCUGUCAGAUUUCCGGGUCCAGAGCAAUCUCCCAGGAGCCACUCCCACCGUCUCGCCACCACCAGCUCCUGCCCGAGUGUCGUCAGCGCAGGUGCCGGUGGUCUCUUCCGUCUGCUCCAGCCCCCCUGCUGCUCCCCCACAGACAUCACCAGCCCAGCCCAGCGGGAAUCUGGAUAGCAUGCUUGUCAUGCUGGAGUCGGAUCUCAGCCGCCAAGGGAUCUCCACCACGGCUAAGGGGCUGUGCGCUUCCUGUCAGAAACCCAUUGCAGGGCAGGUGGUAACAGCACUGGGGAGUACUUGGCACCCAGAGCAUUUUGUCUGUUCCCAUUGCCAGAAGGAGAUGGGGGGCAGCAAUUUCUUUGAGAAGGACGGCGCCCCUUACUGUGAGAGGGAUUACUUCCAGCUCUUCUCUCCCCGUUGUGGCCUCUGCAACGAACCCAUCCUGGAUAAAAUGGUCACCGCCCUGGAUAAGAACUGGCACCCGGAGCACUUCUGCUGCGUCAAGUGUGGGCGGCCCUUUGGGGAGGAAGGCUUCCAUGAGAAGGACGGGAAGCAGUACUGCCGCCAGGACUUCUACGAGCUCUUCUCCACCCGCUGCCAGGGAUGCAAUCAAGCCAUUCUGGAGAACUACAUCUCAGCGCUCAAUGCCCUGUGGCACCCAGAAUGCUUUGUCUGCAGGGAGUGCUACACACCCUUUGUGAACGGCAGUUUCUUUGAGCAUGGGGGCCGCCCGUUCUGCGAGAUCCACUAUCACAAGCAGCGGGGCUCGCUCUGUUCGGGCUGCGAGAAGCCCAUCACUGGCCGCUGCAUCACGGCCAUGGCACGCAAGUUCCACCCGGAGCAUUUUGUCUGUGCCUUCUGCCUCAAGCAGCUCAACAAAGGCACCUUCAAGGAGCAGAAUGACAAGCCCUACUGCCACCCUUGCUUCAUCAAGCUCUUUGGGUGACAAGGAGAUGAUGUCUUGGUCCUGCCGUGACCAAGCCACGCCUAUUACCAGCAUGGGAAAAGGGAGGGCCCCCGAGUCUCAGCCUUGACCAAGCCACACCCACUGCCAUGCAUGGGAGGGGCCUGUGCCUUAUGGGCUCCGCCCCUUGCCACCACACCAUUGCCAAAGCCACGCCUCUCAGUCGAGCCACAUGCAAAAACAAACAAGGUGAGAAGCAGAAGGCAUCUGCUCCUCUCACCUUACUCAGGAGCCCCUCCCAUCACUCCCAGCAGCAUAUAAUUAAUCCCCACCCCAUCACGUGACAUUUUAAGCCACACCCACAUGGCGACACCACUUCAGACAGGAGGCAGUGCCUUAGCCACUUCUGCAAAGCCAGCUGGCUGUGUCAUCCAGAUAGGAUGCGUGGCCUUAAAGAAGCCACACCCCGUGGCCCUUCCCACAGUGCUGUCCAGUUGUAUUAAAUGGGGAGCACCCAAGCCAUUCCCCCUGAAUACAGCUAUUGUAAGCCAUAAAGCCAUGCAGGAGAUGGGAAUGGGAAAAGCAUUCACUUCCCCAGUUUCUUUGGGGUGCUUGACGAUUUCUGCCCCAAUAUAAUUCAUUUGUGGAGAGGUGCAGGGGUUGUAAGCUCCAGAGCUGCCUUAAAGCACUUACGAUUGUGACACUAACAGGGCUCACUAGCAAGAGGGGAGGGAUUUCUUGCCCCACCCUUUUUGGGGGGUCAGAUAUUUAGGGCAGGGAUUCUCAAACAUGGGUCCCCAGAUCGUGUUGGACUACAAAUACCAUCAUCCCCAAUGGCAAGUGGGAUGAUGGGAGUUGUAGUCCAACGGGAUCCAGGAACCCAAGUCCGAGAACCUUGAUGAGCAAAUUUAAAUGGCAACAGCUCUGAUACAACUCCCCCAGGGUUGUGUGAGUGGCUGAUGGGAUCUCCCGGUCUCCUCUUAAGGUCUGGGUUGGUGGUACGGUUGGAGCAGAGCCUCUCUCCGGCAAGGCCUUUGGGUAGGUGAUUGGCUGGUGCUGAGGAAAAGGAGUGGCAUUAUUUCCCCUCACGCUGCGGAUUAAAAAAAAAAGUUGUUUUGCAUCGGAUGGAAACAGUGUAUUAUGUUUUGAUUUGGGGAAAGAUGCGGGAGGGGGAAUAUGCCUGAGCGUGCAGUUCUGAUUGAUCAGGGUCAUUUAUAUCUUACUGCGUAACCCCCCAAAAAGGAAUGGGAGCUUGUAUGACAAUGUGACGGAGCGCUAGAGUCCAUGCCUCUCGUCCACCAGAAGCCUAUUCCAGCUUUUUAUCUUCUCACUGCUGUAUAUUAUUAUAUAAUAAAAUUCACACAGAAAAAAAAGAAAA